CUCGGCGCCCCAGGCGAGAGGCAGCCAAGUGCUAAGCCGAGGCCACCCACCAGAGGCCUUUUUCAUGGGUGAAGUUUGCUCCAGUCUCCUGCAGGGCGACGAGGCUACAAGCAAGCUGCUUAAGGCAGCACAGGCUGUAGGAGGCCAGGCUCUCGCUCUCCGCCUUCUGUCCUGUGACAAGACCCGAUGCCGUUAAAGUGUAAGCAAAAGGCUUUAUUUUGACCCACAGUUCUGGAGGCUCCUUCCAAGAUCGGCUUACCCUGUUGUUUUGGGCCUUUGGUGAGCGCAGCAGAUGCCAACCAUAGGGAUUAUUCAUGAGAGCAAUCUUCUUACAUCAUGAGCCAGGAAACAGGACGGGGCAGGGGAUCCCACAGUCCACCUUAAUUUCCAGUGAGCCAAGGGUUCUCUCUCCUUUCUUUCUUUCCUUCAUUUGUUUGUUCAUUCAUUCUGUUUUUGAGACAGGGUUUCUCUGUGUAGCCCUGGCUGGCCUUGAACUCACAGACACGGCCUGCCUCUGCCCUCACUCUGCAGAGCAGGCUGGCUGCAAACUCCAGAGAGAUCCUCCUGCCUCCUGAGUGCUGGGAUUAAAGGUGUGCCCCGCCUCCGCCGGGCACCUAAGGAUUUCCUGCAACACCUCAUUCCUUAGAAGACCCUGGCAGCGGGACAUGCAGGUGCACGCAGCACGAGCUGUGGCGAGAAUCACGAGCGCGGACGUGUGGGUGCUGGGGCCCGGAGCUGCUGCUGUCGCCAGGACCAUACAGAGCACACUUGCAUGGUGGCAUCUACACAGCCGGAGAGUUCUAAGCAUGCUGGUGGGCCCGGCUGCCCUGUGGGCGUGUGUGAGGGUGUGAGGGGUGGUGGCCCGGCUGCCCUGUGGGCGUGUGUGAGGGGUGGUGGCCCGGCUGCCCUGUGGGCGUGUGUGAGGGGUGGUGGCCCGGCUGCCCUGUGGCACGUGUGUGCGGUGCUGUCUUGAUCUCUUCAGUUACUGUGGGAACAGCCUGAAGGCGGAUGGCACUGCUGCCUGGUUUGGGCCCUGGGCGCGAGCGCGCCUGGGGCCUGCAGAGGUCAGAAGAGGGGGCAGAUCCUUUGGAAGCGGCUUUGCAGAUGGUUGUGAGCUGCCACGUGGGCGCGGGAGACCCGACUGUGCCCUCUGCAGUGACAGCACGAGCCCUUAGCCACCAGGCAUCUCUGCUUUUGUCAGGCCAUUUUAUGACAGCAACGUAACUCAAAAUCGGACAAUGCGCCUAAGAGAAUAUUCCUCGGGUGCAGACGGGCACCUGUCCGAGGCCUCCUGAGUCAGGCUGUGCCCUCCUCCUCUAAUUCAGGAAACCCGACCCAGAGCGGUCCCGUGUGGGGAGGCCGCUGCCCAGCCGGGCCUGCUCAGGUGUCAGGACCUGAAUUAUUGAGAUCAGAGCUUUGUUCCCUGCUCUCUCUCCUGAGGCCCCGCAGCAGAUGCAGAUACUGAGAGGAGAGGGAGUCUGUCCUGUUCCCGUCCCCAUGGCGCAGGCAACCACCCCUCGGCCCCCGAGACUCGCCUGCAGCCCCGAGCAAGCCUUGACCCUGUACCGUCUCCUCUUCCAGCGCCCUGCAGAUCUAGGCCAGCUCCAAGCUGCGUCGCAGCAGGUUCGUGAGGGCCGCGACUGCCCCCCAGGCCUGGAGCUACCCAGGACGCUGCUGCAGAUGGAGCGGAGCCGGCGGGCCCAGGAAAAGGUAGGGGCUGGCGCAGGGGAGCAGGCCCCGGGGGCAGCGGGGCCGCCCCAUGCCCUAGUUUCUCGUCCCCCUGCAGCUCGUCUGGGACUUGGAGCUGCUGGCUGGGGCGGGGCUGGGCCUCUUCUGGCCCCCCUGCGCCAGCGUCUGUGGCCAGAGGGACCAGGCUCGGCCUGCGUGGAGCCAGCGCGGGGCGGGGAAUCUGGACCGCGAGCCGCUGAGGUGUCACAGAGGCCCGGGUGCCGGUGGCGGGACCCCGAGGGCCUGCUGGGAGCCUCCUUCUCGCCGGGGGUCCCUUCGAUCCUGCAGACUUCCGCGCUGCGCCCUCCACGCCAGGCUGGGGAGGCCCCGAGUGAGAGCCGCCGGCGCCUAACGGGGAGGCCGGCCACCCCCGCUCUGGAUGAAGCCAGGAGCCACGCGGCCCCGGCCCCGAGGCUGGAGGGCCUGGUCAGACCUACACAGGCUGUGCCCGGGACCCCAGCAGGAGCGGGUCCAGCAGCCACCGGAGCAGCCGGGCCUGGAGCUGGUUGCGAACACCCCGCCGGCGGCCGUGCUUUCGAGGAGCCGGGAGACUUCGACCUGAAGGACCGCGGCGGGGAGGACGAGGGGAGCGGAGCAGAGCCGAACCUUCAGAGCCCGCCCGGGGGAAGGCGGCAGGCCCGGCAGGCCCGGCAGGGCCAGGAAUUAGAGGCCCCUCGGGUUGGGAAAGGCAGUAAUUCCGAAGUCCGCGGGGCAGUUCGGGGAGGAGCAGCAGCGUGGCGCCAGGAAGAGGGCCACCCCGGGGACCCCUGCAGGGCCCCCGGAGAGCCGACCGCCCAGCGUGGGGAAGACGGGCCACCGGGCGCCCCCCGGACAGUGGCGGCCCGGGAAGGGGAGCGGGCUGCCGUCCCCGCCGAGCUCCCCGGGCCGCCCAGGCCCCGAGGCCCGGAAGGCGGGACGCUGGCCCCUGGGGCGCCGGAGAACGGAGAGCAGCGCGGCCCCGGGGACCCCAGGUUCUCUAAGGCCGCGUGGCCGGCACCCGAGAGCAGGGAGGCGACGCCGGCCGGCGCCCAGCAGGAGGCUCUGCAGCGGCUGCUGGAUGUGUACUGCGCAGCCAGGAGGCGGCGGCGGCGGGAGCGGGAGCGGCAGCGGCUGCGGGUCCUGGGACGACUCUGCGUGGUCGCGAACCACCACCGCCGAGUUCACCCGCUGGGGCUCCCUUCCAGUGCGGCUCUGACAGCGCCACAGGCAAGAGCCCGGGGUCCUGCCCCGAGGGGACGGCAGCAGCCAACCGGGGAGGGGCGGGCGCCGGGCAGCACCCUGCAGGCCGCACCCGGCCGCUCAGAGCUCGUGCCGCCCAGGAGGACGCCGCGGGACGGCGACGAGCUGUGCGAGAGCGUCUGGAGCAAGUGCACCGUGGCAGGACUCAGCAGCUGCGGGCACUCGGGGCCAGGAACACCCAGAGCUUUCAGGAUCUGCUGUCCCCUGGCGCUGAGAAGCCUGCUCCCGGAGAAUAGCGCCUGCCCGUUCCUUUGCUGCGUCGCCAUGGAGAUGUGGCGCUGAUGGUUAAGGCUUAAGGGUGACCCAGGCGUGAGGUAGUUUCAGAAAGACCCAGAGGGAAGCAUUGAGAGCAGGGAGAACAGAAACCCAUGCUCGCGCAUGUACACACAGACACACCCAGCAAUGAGGCUCCACCAAGAAUCCUGUUAUUGCUUUUUCCGCAUCUAAAUUCCUGCCAGGCCCCAGGUCAGAGGGCCAGAUCUCGGGGGUCAAGUAGUGCAAAGGCCCCGUUCUUGCGGAAGAACGACUCAAUGCGGCACAUCUUGCAGGAGACCAGCUGUUGCUUUGUUGCAGGGCCUGGGAAAAGAGGCCAGAUACUAGGAACGGACAGGAGGAAGGGCCUGAGCUCCGCCCAUGUCGCAUCUACUAUGUAUAAAUAAAUAAACAGGGCUCCUGAGGAAAACACA